UAGUGAUUACCGCUGAUUACCGCCCAUUUCGUUCCUUGUCCUCUAACUAUGGCUUCAAGGACUCUUUAAUGCCACUUCUUGAAUACUUCACCAUUUAAAUGGCAGUACCGGAACCAAUCCCUCGCGCUCAUACGGCACUUGGCAGUCUUGCUAUCGUAGUCGACUCUUCUGUGGCGCUUGCGGGGAAUUGGCACACAAUCCUCAAGUAUCUUGGUUUAUUUGUGCAGAGGUUAAUACUGACGAAUCAUGGAGCUGGUUACCGCAUUGCGUGGGUGACCUACGGGCCACCCGACAGUCUUUCCUCUUUACUGCUUUGUAAACGUUUUUUCGCUGAGAUCGCGGAAGUCACAAAUGUAAUCAAGGCCCAGGAUGAACUGUAUCAGCUUGGUGUAGGAACUACGCACUCUGGAGGGACAAGAGGUAUGGCGAUGUUAGAGGGUUUAGUUGCUGCUGUCGAGUUAUUCGAUACACUCAUUUCUUUAUCUGAUAUUCCCCGAAAGUCACCUUCGCACAUUUUGCACAUUACGGCGUCCUUCCCAGAUAAUGCCAAACACCCUCAUGAAAAUAUGUCUUCACUGUUAGAUGAAGUCACCUGGGAAACUUUGCCAGCGGAACUCAGUAAACGCAAUAUCUUUCUAAGCUCUAUCGUCCUCAAUCCAAAGAACAAUACGAAAAUACCCGAACUCCAUUCAUCUGCAGCUUUAAACACUGCUCCAACAUCAUGGCUCCCUGUCGAUGCACCGCACAAAGCAUAUGUCGCUUUGCUGAGCAUCCCCCAGAAAGGCGUCAAGCGUCCGGCGGACCAAAUGAACGCCAUAGAGCAGCCGCCAGAAAAACGAUCAAAUGUCUUCUCAGGAUCUCCACCGCGCAACAAUCCGAAUCCGAACGUGAACGUGAACACAAAUCCCCCACCGACAACGAAUUCUGCUAAACCUCCUAGCUCGGGUACUCAUAGUCAACCACAACCCAAGCCUUUAAACGCACCAACUCAACCACCAGCAGGUCAACCUGCCCAACCUGUACCACCCUCGAACCUCGCAAACCUUCCCCCGCCGAACUCUACCCAAAAGAUCCCCUGGCCAGGCAUCGGAAAUUUGACUCCCAACGAACUCUUCCAGCGUCUUAGACAUUUCGAGGACAUGCGUCGUCGGACAGACGCCGUUUUGACGCAGGCUAUAAACAGCGGAGAUUCGAGCAAAGUGGAAAUGGUCAAACAGCAAACUGCGCAAUGGGAACCGAUGUUCUUCAAGGUCAGGAAUAUGGUUUCGCAUUAUAUAACUGCGUUGAGGAGGGCUGGAAUGGCAGGACCGGGAGCACCGGGAGGAGCACCAGGACAAGUUCAGGCGUCGACUUCGACAGGUGUCGGUGCUCCAACAAAUAAUCUCAAUCCCAAUCCUGGGAAUACCGAUAUCUCAUCCCAGCCUCCGACAACACAAUCCAAUCCGCAUCCAAAUCCUCCGUCUUCUUCAAAUGUCGCUUCGUCACCUGCCACGAAACCAAACGACAGUUUGAUGCCAGUUAAUUCUUCUAUCACAUCAGCAACCUCACCUGGUCUUAGUGCACCCGCCUUAUCAUCAUCAACUCCUUCUUCAAAGUCACCUUCGAAACCUUCGCCGAAACCCUCUGCUAUCAAACCCUCGCCGAAGCCUAAACCCAAAGGGUCCCCGAUAAAAAACGCGGCUUCAACCGUUUCUACCGCUCCUUCUAUCGGUGCGUCGUCUACCGCGGGUUCGAGUACAUCGACCAAUCCCGCUGUUGACGGAUCCGGUCCCAACCUGGCAUCGGGACUCCCAAUCCCAUCGAGCUUACCACCUGAAGCUGCGCUACAGAUGCAGAAGCUUAUGGAACAGGGUGGCAGAGGACAUCCGAGGGAUAUGGCGAUGGGUAGUAUGGGCCAAGUGAGUCCGAACGUGACGGCGGCGGGUGUUGCGCCUCAGCCGUCGCCGCAAGGGAUGCAGGGAAUGAUGCCAGGACAAGGGCAAUCCGGACAGCAACCACAAGUGGGUGGAGUCGUUGGCCCUGCGGGAGUGGGAGCAAUGAGUUCAGGUUCUGUAUCCAACACACCUUCUACCAGUACAGGAGGGCAAAACGGUGGCAUUCCAGCGUGGACUGGAGGAUUAUUCUACCCUGGUGAGCCAAAUGGUACGAGAAAGGACUUUAGGAUAUCAGUUAUGGCGAUGAGUGCCAAUCAUUUGGAGUGUCGCGCUCAUACUUGGCCAAUGGAAAUGACCCUCACUCACACACGGGACCCUGUUGUCAGUCUCGCUGAAUUUCAGAUGUGGGCAAAGAAAACGAGACCGGUCGUUUGCACAAUCAAGCCUCACGCUAGGAAUCCGGAUGCACGACAGAAUGCUUUCAAUGAGAAUUACUUCAAUGGAAUACAGGCGCUGAUCCGGCAAUCGAAGACCUACAUUGUCUCUUCUUGGACUCUCCCUUCCGGUGCACAGACGAACAACGUCUUGUUCGCAAUCGUACCUCCUCAUGGAUUCAUCGGUGCCUUUUUCCCUGCGACUGGGAUCCCUGAAAUGCCUAAACCGAUACCCGGUUCCACGAUGCCCGGUGGCUUACUAGGUAGAUUACCCGGAGGGGUUAGUGGAGAAAAUAUCGGAGCACCACCCGCAGGGGGUGCAGGAGGCGGAGGUCCCACGCCUGGAACAAAUAUCGGUCCACCCAACAUUCUCGCCAUAUUACAAUCAUUCCGAGUACCUCCCGAUUUAACAGCCAGGAUACUACAAAUGCCGCCAGAGCGUCAAAUAAUGGCCCUCAAGUCACUAGCGCAGACCAAGGCUCAGCUUCGCGGUCAGGGGCCAGGACAAGGAGGUGCUGCAAGUGGUAGUGGGCAGGCGGGUAUAGCCGGGAUGCAUAAAUCUGGAGGCUCGAAUGUCAAUAUCACUGCUGCUGCCGCUGCGAUGGCAUUACGAAUGCAGCAAUCUGGUGGGAUCGGAAUCCCCCAGGGUAUGCAAGGUAGCAUGCAGGGCACAUCAGGUUUGAAUAUGGCUGGAAUUCAACGACAACUAUCAGGACAGGAUGGGAAUAAGCCGAAUCCCCAAGGCGCUGCGAAUAUAGCUGCGUUAAUCAACGGAAUGAGAGGGAAUAUGGGCGGAAUGGGUGGAAUGAAUGCGGCAAACAUGGGAGGUACAGCGGCAGGAAACAUGUUCCAGCAGCAAAUGGCACAAAUGCAACAAAUGCAACAGAAUCGUUCCAUUUUUGGAGGACCAGCUGGUACCGGUGCUGGGGGUGUAGGAGGAAAAAAUUUGAGUCUGGAUAUGAUACAGUCAUUCAUGCAUCGCAAUGGUCAGGAAGGGCAGGGUGGGGGACAAGGUGGAUAGAGAAACCCGUUCGUUUUCGCGGGAACUUUUUCGUCAUGCAUUGUUCACUGUUAUUCUUGGUUUUGUCCUCGGCUCAAAAUCGCGUUUAUAUUAUUGCAAUCAUCCUUGCUCGAAUCACCACAGAUCUAAAUCCACAAUUCUUACCUCGGU